UAUUUAUCGAAGUUGAGGGUGAAGUUUGAUUUUUAAAGUAAGUGUAAAUGAUUUUCACGGUUCACUUUUACCAUAUAUAAUUUAUGGUAUGCAUAUUUAUUGUGCCUUGUUAUUAACGAGAUGAAAACACAACACAUGGGAGUGUAACGCCUCCUCUUGUCACUCCAAAAAGAAUCAGUUGGAAUGUCAAGUCCUUUCAUCUUCAAACGUAAUGAUUCUUCCAAAUACGACUUUGUUAAGGUGAAAGUAUGGCUAGGUGAUAAUGAUGAUCGUUACUAUGUUCUCUCCAGAUUUUUGCUAACCAGAAUGUUAACAGUCACUAAGAUACCAAAUCACGUGUCACUUAAAAUUGCUCUUGAUCUUAAAAAGCUUCUUGUUGACAACAGCCUUCUUGAUGUCUCACAAGCAGAUUUAGAGACAAACUUGUUUAAGCUUAUGAAACGAAGAGGUUUUGGAGACGAGUAUAUAAAACGUUAUAAAAUGAUGACAAGAUUUCACCAUCAGAGAGUUCCUCUUGUAAUUCUUGUUUGUGGUACUGCCUGUGUUGGGAAGUCUACUAUUGCUACCCAACUCGCACAACGCCUGAACUUGCCAAAUGUCUUGCAGACAGAAAUGGUUUAUGAAUUGUUGCGCACAUCAACAGUUGCACCUUUGAUGUCUUCUCCAGUAUGGACACGUGGCUUCAACUCACCGGAGGAGCUAAUGACUGAAUUUUGCAGAGAAUGCAGAAUAAUAUGGAAAGGUUUGGCUGGUGAUUUGAGAAAAGCAACGAAAGAUGGCAAACCGAUUAUAAUUGAGGGCAUACAUUUAGAUCCUAGAAUAUUCAUGAUGGAAGAACAUAAAUUACUACCACCGCCCACUGUAGACUACGAAGAACUAAACUUUUCGAAGGUAAAAGACCACAAGGAAAUACAAAGGGAAACUAAUCACAGUAUUGGACUUAGCAGUCAGAGUAAUGGUAAAGAUCGAUAUCCUGAGAAUGUUAGUUCAGAUGGAGAAGCUUCUGAGUCAGACCAGCUAGCAGAUUCUCUAAAAUCAAUGGAUAUUGUCGAGAAAAUUUAUGAAAAUAUAGUUAAUGAUUCAGGAGCAGAUCAAAAUCCUAUUCACAGAAAACAAAGUUUGGGUGAUCUGCCAAUAUUUGUUCCGAUAGUUCUAAGGAUGGCGGACUUUGAUCAUAAGGAAUUUCUGGAGGAGCGGGUAGCUACUCGUACAUUCACGGAGAAGGAUCUUGACCAGGACUACCUGUGUUCCUUUACAUCACAGGGUUUGAAUGUUGUUGACGUAUCAGCUGCAACAUUUCCACAGACACUGGAUUGGCUGCAUAAUUAUCUUCUUCAGGUUUUGGAAAACGAUUCUACGAGGAGAUUGAGCAACCUACCUCUGAAGUGAAAUGUCGAGAGCCUCGAUGUGUCAUCUUGUGGAGCUCGGAUUUACUUUUGAUAGAUAUAAAGUAUAAAGUUGUUGUAAGAUAAAAUCUUUAAGUUUGCUCCAUGAACCCUAAAUAUAGUUGUAAGAUGUAAUGUAUCUAGAGGAGACUACUAUAUAUGUAUAUGCUUGACGCUUUCAAACUAUUUUUGAUGUUUAUGUUGCA